AUGUCCGCAACGACAAUCGCCCCUUCCAAGCCCUCUCUAACAACCAACGAUUCCGCCGUCCUGCAAGCCCUCUUCGACGCCGAAUCCUCGCCUUCUUCAGGCGUCACAAUCAAUCCGAGCCUUCCUCAGCUCCCAGCACAUCUAGGUAUAUCUUCAGAAGAACAUGCAGCCCUCCAGGCCCGCGAGAAAGACAUUAUCAACCCCUUAGCAUCAACCAACCAGGCGGUACCGGAACCCAGCCAGAUCCAAUCUGCAGUCAGUGCGCUCGAUGCUCUUAUCAGGGAACACCCAACAUACCCAUCCGCCUACGCAAACCGGGCUCAAGCACUGCGGAUGCUGAUUGAGAACGAGGACGACCAAAAAGCCUCACCAGAAACAAUCUCUCUCCUCUCCUCUCUCCUCUCAGAUCUCGGCGAAGCAAUUACCCUCGCUACACCACUCUCGCCCGCUGACGCCGUAUCGCCGACCCAAGCAAAGCUCUUAGCAGACACCCACACGCACCGCGCAUACCUCCUCCUGAAGAUAUCACGGCAGCUCAAGGGUGGUGAUAAGCAGGAGGUCAGGAACGUACCAGAUACGCUAAAGGAUAUAGGAUCCGAAGGGCUAGAAGAGAUGGCAAGUCGGGACUUCUUCCUCGGGGGCCGAUAUGGGAACAAGGUUGCGCAGCAGAUGGCCGUACAGACUAAUCCAUACGCGAAGAUGUGUGGGGCCAUUGUGAAGGAGGCAAUGAGGAAGGAGGUUGAGGGGGUAUAG